AUCUGUGAAUGAUCACAGAGGUCACAUGGUACAAGGCUAUUCACAACAGCCUUGUACCAUGUGACAAGCUGUGACCAAUCACAGCUCGCACAGUAUUUCUCAAUGGCUAAAGGAAUGCAGCCAGAGAGAAAGAGAAAUGAUUGCCUUUACAGCCUUUAUGGGUGUAAAAGCAAUCACUGUAAAAAAAGAAAAAAAAAUCUUCAUCACCCCCAACAAGUAGUACAGUGUCACCAUAGGGUGACAGGUUAAAUUUGCUAAGCGAGACAAAGGCUGGCCAUACAUUAUACAAUUUUACUUUAGAUUUAUCAAAAACCAUAUAAUUGUAGGUUAAACCUAAAGAACA